AUGUACAAAAGUGGACCAUAGGUAUGCUUUGUGUAGGUAACGGCACUGUUAUUUUGUACCCGUAAGUUUGAAAAAAAAAUAUAUACCUAAUUCCGACAUAUAAAAAGUGGCACUUCGACAUUUCAUCAUUAUUGCGUUAUCCACCUAGAGUGUUUCACUAGAUCAAAUUCAAGUUAAAUCUUGCCUUUAACAAUUUGGAUAAAAAUGCCGCGCAUUCAGCUUCAAUCAUCAGAUGGGGAAAUUUUCGACGUCGAGGUUGAGAUCGCCAAGUGUUCGUUCACUAUCAAAACGAUGAUGGUCGAUCUGGGCCUGGAGGACAACUGUGAAGAAGUGGUACCCCUGACCAACGUGGACUCCAACAUUCUUCGGAAAAUCCUACAAUGGGCCAACUAUCAUAAGGACGACCCGGAGGCCAAUCCCGAAGAUGGGAAACCCGUCGACAGGCGCACCGAUAACAUCUGCGAAUGGGACCAGGAGUUCAUGAAAGUCGACCAACAAACGCUCUAUGGGCUGAUCAAGGCUGCAAACUAUUUGGACAUCCGAGGACUGAUGGCGUUGACGUGUAAAACUGUUGCCAACAUGAUGAAGGGAAAGACAGAGGAGCAGAUGAGGAAAAUGUUCAAUAUCCAGAAUGAUCUAACUCCGGAAGAGGAGCAACAAAUUCGCCAGGAGAACGAGUGGUGUGAGGAAGUUGAAAUUGUUGCGGAUUAAAUAAAAAUGUUCAGCUUAAAUACCUAGAUAGCUUUUUAUUUCU